UCUGACUAUUUAAGGGUAAGAUCGUCGUUCCAGUCAAUCACUUACGCACUUUGUCUUAAACGCGCUUCGUCUCUCGCUGUUAUUUGUUAGUUCGUUGUAAUAUAGUAUAGUUGUUAUUAAAUCGUAAAAGUGUUUAUUACUUCUAUAUAUUACACCUCGCUACAUUGGUGACCUCGACGAUAACAAGUAUGAACGCCGAAGAACUACGCAAUCAAUUGGAGGAGUUACGCCAAGAAAACGCUCGCCUUGCAGCACUACAGGCACAGCAAUAUCCAACAGCUUCAGUGAAUCGCGUUGCCGUCAAGUUGCCACCUUUCUGGUCCGAAAGACCGAGCUUAUGGUUCUCACAGGUUGACUCGCAGUUUGCAAUCUCGGGAAUAACAAGUGAGGAAACAAAAUUUAAUUAUGUUGUGGCUCAGCUUGAUACGCGUUACGCCGCCGAAGUAGAGGAUAUUAUUACUAACCCACCGCCUACUGAACGCUACAAACAUCUACGCGCAAAACUCGUUGAACGGUUGUCUAUCUCAGAAGAACAACGUGUGCGACAACUCAUCAAUGAAGAAGAACUAGGUGACCGUAAGCCAUUACAGUUCUUACGACAUCUUCGUUCCCUUGCCGGCACUACUACAUUACAAGACAAUAUUUUACGUCAACUUUGGCUCCGCCGUCUACCAUCACAUGCACAAGCUAUUUUAACCGCACAAUCAGAGCUUCCUCUGGAUAAGGUAGCCGAGCUGGCUGACAAAAUUGUUGAAGUGCAGCCAGCCCCCUCGCAAUUCGUCCAUGCUGUUGCCACGACGAACAAUAAAAAGGAACUCGAUGUUUUAGCUGCCAUUGAAGCACUCACAAAACAGGUAAGCGAAUUAUGUGCUAAACGCCCGCAAUGUUCCCGCUCUAGGUCACGUAACCGUUCAAACGUGGAACUGACUAACGGCAAAGGAUGGUGUUGGUAUCAUAGCACUUAUGGAGAAAAGGCUGCCAAAUGUAAGGCUCCCUGCAAGUAUCAGGAAAACUCCAACGACAGUCAGUAGCGGCGGCAACAGACUGUCCGAACCCGAGCAGCCGCCUGUUUGUUACAGAUCAAAUAACAAAACGCCAAUUUUUAGUCGACUCCGGUUCCGACUUAUCUUGUUACCCUCAACGGCUACUACGGGAACGACGCCAUGCCACCGAUUACGACCUCAGCGCGGCCAACAACAGUACCAUAAAAACUUA